AGAAGUUGAAAAUUGAUGAUUGUGAUUGAUCAAUUUCCAGCUUCUAACUUCUGAUUAUUGUAGAAUGCGUGUUAUUUUGCAAUAAGUCAUUAGUCAUAAAUCAGAAGUCAGACGCUAAAAAUUGACGAUUAUGAUUGACUCGGGUUUAGCAAUUACGAAGGGUUUCUCCCACUCCUCUCUCUUUCCCCUCCUUCCCGAUCGCCCGUCGUGUGCGCCUUAUAUGGAUUAUGUGAAAAUUGGAAAUUGGGAAUCACGCUUCGCGUAGAAAGUUGUGGAAAGUUGUAGUUGUAAACUCAUGAACGAUGAAUGAUCUGAAUAUUAAUAAACAAACAUUAAUAUAUCGCUAUAGAAGCAAGUCAGAGACACCUUUUUCGAUCAAAUUCGUUCCUUUCACAAAAAAACACGUCGAUUGAUAUAUUUUUUGUCAAUUUUUAUGAUUGUGCAUGCUAAAAGUAAAUAAUUAUCAACAGUAUUAUAGGUAAAUGAAGUUUUAUUUAAGUAAAAGUUUUACUUAAGUAAAAAAUGCACAGUGAAAGUGAAGAAGGAGAAAUUGUAUCAGACUUUGAAGAAGAUUUUACAGAAGAGUUACAUAGUUUGCCUCAUGUUAUAACGUUUAUAUGUAAAUUGCGUGACCAUAUUAGAAAACAACGGAAGAAAAUUGAUAAAUUACGAAGGAAAUUAAAGGAACAGAAACAACAAAAUUUGCUCUAUACACAAUCAUAUAUACAUUGUGGGACUCAAACGAAUCCUUUAGAUUUUAAUAAAUCUUUAUCGCAAGAUUGGGAUGUUAGUCAUAAUGUUAAGUCAUCCAAUAUAAUAGAUCAAGUGAAGGAAGUAGCAGAAUCGGCUUUAUUGCAGACUGGUUUUGUUUACGAGCAGACAUCAGGAAUGUAUUAUGAUUAUAAUACUGGAUAUUAUUAUGAUACAAAGCAAGGUUUAUAUUAUGAUGGAAAUACUGGAAUAUAUUACUACUAUGAUGAAACUAGUAAUACAUAUCAAUUCCAUAGUCAAGUCUAUACAGGCAAGACAACUUUCCAAAGGAAGGAAGAAACUGGAAAAACACAUAAGGAUGACGUGAAAAAACGAAAACUUAUAAGUGAAGAAAAAAAUUCGGGGGAUAAAGUACUUGAAGAGGGCGAAUGUUCAGGAAGUGAAAGUGAUGGCAUUUCUGAUGAAAUAAUCCCUGAUGUAUCUACUAAUAGCGAAAGUGAUGAUGAAGAACAAGAUUUAGCAAAAAAUUAUCCACCAUGUAUGAGAAUUAUUGUUAAGGAAACAGAUUUAAUAAAAUUAAAACAAGGCUCCCUUUUCCUCGUAACAUGUAUAGGAGGUACAUUAGGGCGAGAAGGAGAUCAUUCGGUGCUGAUACCGGAUAUAAAUAUUAGCAAGUAUCAUGCACGUUUUGUGUACGAUGAAAUCAAGAAGCAGUAUCAAGUAAUAGAUUCUGGUUCAAGAAAUGGUACAUUUAUAAAUGGCAAAAGAUUGUCAGUAGCUAAGCAAGAAUCUGAACCUCAUGAAAUAAUGCAUGGGUCAAUUAUAAAAAUUGGUGGGACGAAAUUAUUAUGCCAUAUUCAUAAUGGAAAUGAAACGUGUGGUUAUUGUGAGCCAGGUCUUGUUCAACAAAACAUCAAUUUCAAUGAAAAUAAAGCUUCGAAGACGAAACUUUAUAAGGAAGAAUUACGACGUCUGAAACAUAAAUUCGGAAUUGAAAAGGACAAUAUAUCUAGUAGUCAAUUAGCUACGGGUUAUCAAGACAGAGCGCAAGCUAGACGACAACACGUAGGUUCUUCGGAUCCUCACGCUAAAACGCAACAAAGCUCCAUUCACACGUAAGUAUUGGAGCUGUUGCUAAACGUAAAAAAGAACG